AUGGUGCAGCUCCGGCCGCGGGCCUCGCGCGCCCCGGCGUCGGCGUCCGCGAUGGUGGACGAGGGCCAGCCCCCGUCGGAGGAGGCGGCGGAGCACGGCCUGCUGCUCGGGCAGCCCAGCAGCGGCGCGGCCGCCGAGCCGCUGGAGGACGAGGACGGCGACGGGGACGAGGGCUCCGACGACGACGCCCCGGAGGAGCUGACCUUCGCCAGCGCCCAGGCCGGCGCGCGGGAGGAGGAGAAGCGCGUGCGGGAGACGCUGCGCAGGGACCGGGCCCUCCUGAAGGAGAAGAGGAAGCGGCGCGAGGAGCUGUUCAUCGAGCAGAAGAAAAGGAAGCUCCUUCCAGAUACUAUUCUAGAGAAGUUAACAGCUUCGCAGACCAACAUAAAGAAAUCACCAGGAAAACGCAAAGAAGUUGAUUUGCAAAAGAAAAACGAAUGUGAUAAAGGAAGCGACUCCAAGAAAACUAAAGUGCAAAAAGUACAGUCUGUUGGCCAGAAUAAAAGCUACUUGGCUGUAAGGCUAAAAGAUCAAGAUCUAAGAGAUUCAAGGAAAGAGGCAGCCAAAGCCUUCAUACAGAAUUCUUUAUAUGGUCCAGGAACCAACAGAACUACAGUAAACAAGUUCCUGUCUCUUGAAAACAAGAGGUUACCAGUGAAAAAAGCUGCAGCCCAAUUUUUAAAUAAUGCUUGGGGAACCCAGAAAAAACAAAAUGCCAAGAGGUUUAAGAGACGGUGGAUGUUCAGAAAGAUGAAAACUUCUAAGAAGUAAAUCGAAGCUAAAUGUAUAUAAAGAGCUUGUUAUUCACAGGGUUCAUUUUUAUGAGAGGAAAAAACCUAAUAAAUCAUUCCUAAAUCAUCCUAAGUGUCAUCACAAAAAUCGUGAAUCUAUACUGAAAGGAGGGCCCGGUCACAUUUUGUGCUUCUGGAGCAUGGCCAUGCCUUGUCUGUGAGAGCUCUGGAACAAAAACAGAUUCAAACAAAUUUUUUCCUUUCUUUUGUAUUUAUGUAAUGGACACAAACAAUAACCCCAUAACAGUAGUAGUGUUUCUUGUAUCCCUCCCUGCCACAGCCCCCAUGGGUAUGUGGCAGGAAUGGCAGGAAAAAAGUAACAUCCAGAAAAAGUCUUAACUGUGUUCUCCAAUGCCUUAGUCACUCGGAUGUUUUGGUGCUAUUGGUGAGACUGUUUUUCAGAAUGUGGUACAAGAAGUAACUGGAACAGUACGAUUAUCUAAAGUUCAAGUCUUUGUGUACAAAAUACAGUCAAUGCCACAUUUGCCAAGCCAAAGGAUACAGUUAGCCAGCUUUGUUCUUUUAAAGUGAGACUGGAGGUUUGCUUCACUGGCAGAGUCACGUGAAAAUUUCACGUAAAGAUUAUUUCUUUGUCUUUCAUCCACAACAUCAGGUUUGACCCCAAUCCAGGAAGGCCAGUACCCUGAAGGCAGUCUUAGGCUGUGGACUCAUUUAUGCACUCACCUAAUAUAGAAACUCAAUUGAGACUCCAGUAUCUGUAGAAGUAAAUUUUUAAUGGCUGGUUAAUUAUAUCACUACAUUUUUAUUGCAAUAUAGUACUCAUUUAAGCACUUAAAAAUGGAAGGUGUACAAAGAUUAAAUUAAGACACGGUAAAUUGACUAAAUAUUUGGUUUUUA